AUGUCUUCACCUCUGCAAGAAGAACAAAUUUCAAUAGAAGAGAAUUCUGGUGAUGCAGCAGUGGCGACUGUUUCGCCACCAACAACAACCGAAGGCGAGGAACAACAACACGAAGAGGAACAACAACAUUUGGAAGAACAUCAUUCUGAAUAUGAUGAAAAUUUACCUUCCGGAACAACAGAUGAAACCAUGUCGAAUCAUCAUCACGAAGAAGAAGAGCAUCAUCAACAACAACAACAUGAAGAGACAAGGCUUACUUCUCCAAAUUCUAUGGAAUAUAUUUCAAGAGAAUCAUCGAAUAACGAAGAAAGUGAACACGAUUCACAACAUUCACAACAUCAAACUAGCAAUAAUACAAAUAUUAACAAUAGUACAGCAAUGUCCAGCAAUAAUCCUUCUAAUCCAUCAUUACAAAACAAUACAAAUUCAUUAUCAACAACAGCAAAUAAGAAAUUACCAACUUCAAGCGUGAAAGCAUCAAGAGGCUUUGGAAGUACUUCAUCAUUGUCAGCAAAGGGGUCUCAUAAUGCUAGAAAAAGUUCGGAAGUAACUUCACCUCAAAUUUUGUCAUCUGUAACUUCUGUUCAACAUUCGGAAAAGAACUUUAAAGUCCAUGAUAAUAUUUCACCACUUUCGAAUUUUAAGAGUUCAUUAGUGGAUGGACUUUCAACGAGUGAAGCCAAGCAAAAUUUGUUCGAUUCUUUGGAGGAAACUAUUGAAAAAAUUGAGAAUAGAUCGAAACAAGGAUUUAUUAUGGCGUUAGUGGAUGUGUUAAUUAGGAAAAGUCCUAUUAGAGCAGGAUUAUUGGUACUUCUUGGAUUUGUGUGUUGUAUCCUGUUAUAUAUUGCAGCUGGAUUGAAAUUUGGCGGCAUUCCUUUUGAGGAUCAUUACGGAGCUAUUAGAUUAGUUGUUGAGGCAACAAUUUUACUCUUUGUACUAAUCUUCUUUUUGAGUGUGACACUCAUUUCAUACUACAGAAGACAUAGCGUUGUGAUCAGUUUACUGAAACAAAAGUUUUCAAUUUUGAAAAAGAAUGAUUUUAACUUUUCCAUGAAAAGCAAGGAUGGUAAUUUAUUUGAAGGUAUUAACAUGAUUCCAUACAAGAUGAUUUUUGUUUUUAGAGAUAAGUGCUGGAGUAAGAUGCCACACAUUUUAUUGGUGAAGGGAGACUUGGUUUAUUCAACCAAUAUUGAUAGAGAUUUUAAGGAUAAUAAUAUUAGUUUUGAAGCCCAUCAAGAAUUGGAGAAGGGAUUUUAUAAGAUUUCUUUAACUCCAAUGAGUCACUAUAUUGAAGAAACUUAUGAGGAUUAUAGAAAUCAACAGGAAAAGAUGCCUCUCAAAAUCAAGCUCAAUAACUUGAUUUCAGUAUUGACCAUAGUUUCCUACCUUGGAUAUUGUAUUGCUCUGAUUUGUAAUUUGAUUAGAAUUGGCGUUGGAUCAGCAUCAUAUGACUGGGUUACAUUUGCCUUUGUGGAGCCAUGUUAUGUCUGUUUAGUUCUGCUACCAAUCGCCUUCCCUGGGUUUUGGUUGCUUUCAUUAUCAUUUUCCAACUCUAAACUCCUCUCUCUGUUCGAAACUCUCAACGAGCCAUUGCAUGGUGAGAGCGGGGAUGAUCACAUGAAAAGAGUUCAAGUCACUGAAUCAAAUCGUAAUACUCCAAUGAAAGUUCCAUUCCUUAGUCAAGUACGAAACUUUUUCAAAGUUAUUCUUACUGCCAAUGCUAGCUAUUACGAUAACUUGACAGUGUUGGGAACAAUCACUGCCUUGUGCUUUAUUAACAGAACUGGUUUAUUGGCUGACUUGCUGUAUGCUCCAGAGAAGGUUUUAUUCAUGAAGGGAGAUGAUGAAAGACACAACAACUUUACAAGCGCUGUCGAUAUUUCAGAAGAACAAUAUACAGAACAAAAUAGUAAAUAUGCCAGCACUAGAGAUAGAAGAAACAGUACACCAAGCCAGAUUGUCUCAUGCACCAAUAACUAUCCUGAGGAUUUGACUGAUGCUACUGAAAUGGAACUCAAGGAUAUGGAAAAGAUUAAGGUUGUUGUAAAGACUGGUAUGGGUGAUGAAGUUGACGAAAUGGUAGGUGGAAUUAAUGUUAAUGAUGAAGUCAUUCCAUCAGAAGUUACCAUCACUGUCGAAAGACCUGAAGAUGAAACAAUCAAUCAUCACCAUCAUCAACAUUCUCAAUCUCAUACACACAAUAAGGAAAGACAUGAACAUCACACUGAAACACACCAAGCAUCAGAGUCAAGUCAUGCGGCUAACCCUCUUGAUGUAUCCAACAUGCAAAUCAUUGAGAAGGCUGAAGAAACUAUUACUUUGGAUGUCCUCUUUGAUAGAACUGCAUCAAGAGAGGUGGAUGUCAUCAGAUUCACUGAUCCUAAUUGGAUGGUUCACACUAAUUCACUUAAACCACUUGGUUUGAGUUUGCUUAUUACGGGUUCUUCCCCUCUUCCAGAUUUUGAUAGAGUUGAAGGAAUGUUGGAUGCCAAGUCUCACCUUUGGAAAAAGUAUGCUUAUCUUCUUGGUAAGGAAAUUGGUUUCUCAGACAGUGUUUUAGAAUCAUUUACUUUUAAAAAGAGACUCCACACCCAAUGUAAUAAUUGGGAAAUGAGCUCUAUUGUAGUUGAGUAUGAGGAACAAGAAAAACAAGUUCACUCCUUUGGUGAUCCAGAUUUAGUAUUGGAAUAUUGCUCUGACUAUUACUCUGGAACAGAUAUUAAACCACUGAGUAAGCAAUUCAAGGAAAAUAUUUUGGAAACAGUCAAGAAUUGGAGAGAAAGAAGAGAUUUAUAUUGUUUGGCUAUUUCGUACACCCCAAUUGAUCCUAAGUAUGAUAAUGUUUUGAAUAGCAAUAAGGAUGAUAUUAUCAACAUUACUCGUCAAGAAAUUAAUCAUUCAAAGACAGAACUCAAUGGAAUUAUUAGCCCUGCAUCUCUAUCUCAACAUUUAUUGACACCACUCGAAGAAUUCUCUGAAGAAGAUUUUGACAGUGAAAAAUUCAUCUUACAUGCAGAACAAAUGCAAAGAGGACAAAUUUUGUUGGGAGUUGCAGCUUUCAGACAGCAGCCAAAGAGAGAUCUUGCCGAAUUUAUUAGUGACGUUCAAGACAACUCUGGUAUUAGAUUUAUUCACUUCUCACCAUAUAAUUCCCAAAAAACCAAAGCUUUUGGUUCAAAAUUGGGAAUGGAAGUUGAUUGGAAUUGUUGCAUAUCAUUGAAUGAUAAUGAAGUUGAACUGGAUGUUGAAGAUUUGAAAGCCAAACUUCCACACGGUAUUGAAAAUAUCAAGGAACACUUGAAAACUGUUGACGAUGUUCCAUUGUUGGUUUCUCUAUUCUCCGACUCUACGCCUGUUUCAUCCAAGCAAAUGAUUGAGGUCUUGCAGGAAAAUCAUGAAGUUGUCUGUUGUGUUGGUUCUUCCAUCAACAUUAACAAUUCUCGUGCCUUCAAUCAAGCCAAUAUUUCCAUUGCUGUUGAUCCUUGCACUCAACAACAUUUGAGACCAAUGGAAUUCGAUAAUCAUCAAGAAGAAGUUUCAGAUUUGCAGGAAGAUAUUUCUCCAUUCUUGUCCUAUCCAUGUGCUUUACACAUUACCUCUCAUCAAUCCGAGACUGCUCUUUCUGCAUUCUCUAUGAUUUUGCACAUGAUUAAGGAAGGUAGAAGAUUGGUUCAUAAUAUUAGACAAGCUUUGAUUUUCCUCUUUGGUUGCUCAUCUUCAUUAUUCAUUUUGCAAUUACUUUCCGUUCUCAUGGCCCUUCCAUCUACUAUUUUCACUGGUAUUCAAUUCUUGUGGCUUUGCAUGAUUGCCAUUCCAUUGAUCUCCUUCUCUCUACUCGGCACUCCAAUGGAACCAAAAAUUAUGGACCUUAUUUCAUCAAAGAAUGAAUUUAGAACUGGAAGAUAUGUUGGAAAGGCACUUUUAACAUUUUUACGUUUUUGCCUUCCAGUUCCAGCUUGCUUUGUUGUUUACUUUUGGACUAUAAUGUGUAUGGAUGAAACUGUCAAGAUUGACAAUGUAGGGCUCAUUUGGGGAGAUCAAUUAUCCAAUGAAAUUAGAAAGAGUGAAAAGUUUUACUUUGUUUUGGCAUAUGCCCAAACUAUUACCAUGUUUAUUUUGAUUUACUAUUAUUCCUUCCUUUCACUUGGAACAAUGCACAGAGUUUACUCAAUAUUCACUGUUAAAUUCUUUAUGAAUAUCAUGUGGUGGAUUUGUGUUCCAUUGUGUUUGGCUUUGCAAGCUCUUUUCACAUUCAUUCACCUCAUUAUUUCUAGACCUGAAGGAGUACAAGCAUGGCCAAAUUAUCCAUUCUAUGCCUACAUUAUCAUUUUACUGGCACCAUUUGCAUUCAUUGUAAUUGAUGAAUUAAUCAAGAUUAGAAUUAGAAGUAGCUUCUUCCGUAAACAACAAAAAGCCAAACUCAUGUUUGACACCAAGUUGGGAAUGUACUCUCCAAAAUAA